AGGGCGCGCUUACACUGCAUAUGCACUGUGUUGUACGUACCAUGGAUCGGAACUGAAAGUGCCGAGAAAGACCCACCCUGCUGCACUUCAAGUUAAUAAGGUCCCAGUCCAAGGUCCAAGACUUCUGUCCAGUACAGGAAAAGAUGUCUACUCGUUCAGGACAUGAGAAGAGCCAACCUCCCAUUCAGUUGGUACCACCUCCUCCUUCCAAUUGCCGAGAGUUAUGUUCAACUGUUGCACCUCGAAGAAGACAUGAUUAUGCUGUAGACAUUGAGCCAGACUUCCCACCCAUGUUCCGGACAUCCCUCUCAAGUGCGUGUAGUCUUUUACAAGAAUCAGAGGAGUCAUUGGUUGAGAGCGGAAUGGCUUCAGAUACUAACACAUCCCUUGUACAACUUGAGAGGCUUCUUGCUGAGCUAGGGUCAUAUCCCUACGUGAGCCAAGGAGUCUUUUACAUGAUGGCUGUGCAUAACAAAUCUUCAUCUAGCCUGUGUGACAGGGAUAUCAUACGAUUUGUGGAGAGCGGAAGUUUUCUUGGGUUUUUCCACAACAAAAGAGACGAUAUACCCUCUGAAGGUCCUGGAUAUCGUGUCUACUCGGAAGCAGACCUGAGCGAUAUGAAAGAAAAGUCACAGGAACGGACAGCCAGUAUCAGGGUGAUAAGGAGUGCAAAAAGUGGAAAGCAAGUCCAAGGUCGCAAUCGCUCUGGUGAAGUUUAUUCAAAGAAGGUGAAGGCAAUUCAAAAGCAUAUUGCUGUAUGUGUAUGUCAGUGGUAUGGAUGCUGCCACACAGGUGCAUCUUGAGGAUGAACUGUCAAAAUUUCGCCUGGAAGGCAGUUGGAGCUAUCCAUCUCUCCACACCCAUGAGGAAAAGGCUGAACAGCACCUACUUACUGUUCAGGAGCAGAUGGAUGUGCUCUGCUGCCUGUCCAAUAACCAUCACCGGCCAUAUCCCACAUCUGACAGAAGACUG